AUGGCAAUUGCCUCUAAGAAAAAGCAGCUAAUUGCUAGUAAUCAUUUUCCCUUUGAUAAAAACCUACCGUCCUUUAAUUGCUUGUCUUCUUCAAAAAAACCUGAGCUUUGUAGAUUCAAAUGCAAGGCUCAAGUUGGUGGCCGGAUUACUAUCGGUUCACUCGAAAGACGAUCUGGAAACUAUAAACCUUCCUCUUGGGACUACGAUUUCAUUCAAUCGUUGAGCACUCAUGAAUACGAGGACGAGAGGUAUUUGAAAAGGGCGAGUGAACUCGUAGAGCAUGUGAAGAUGAUGUUGGACGACGAAACAAUGGGAGAUGUCGAAAAAUUGGAGUUGAUUGAUGACUUGGAGAGGCUUGGUAUUUGUUAUCACUUUGAGGACAAAAUCAAUGAAAUCUUGAAACAAAUUCAUGGUCAAGGAUGGUCAAAACGUGAAAUGGACUUGGGUACAACGGCUCUUGGAUUCAGACUCCUUCGAAAACAUGGAUUCAGCAUUUCUCAAGAAUUGUUUAAUCGUUUCAAGAAUGAAAAAGGUGAAUUCGACACGAGCCUUGGAUGUGAUACAAAAGGGUUGUUACAGUUAUACGAAGCUUCUUUCUUGUUGAUGCGAGGCGAGGAUACCUUGGAGCUAGCAAGAGAAUUUUCCACCAAAUGUCUCAAGCAAAAAAUUGAAAAUGAGGGUAUUGAUAGGGGAAUAUUCAUGGAUGAACAUCUUUCCAUAUUAGUGCGCAAAGCUUUAGAGCUCCCACUUCAUUGGAGAGUUUUGCGGCCAAAUACAAGAUGGUUCAUAAAUGCCUACGAACUCAAGCAAAAUAUGAAUCCAAUUGUGCUUGAACUUGCCAAGUUAGACUUCAACAUUGUUCAAGCAACCCAACAAGGGGAACUAAAACAACUCUCAAGGUGGUGGGAGCAAACACGCCUAUCCCAAAAGAUGCCAUUUGCGAGGGAUAGGCUAGUGGAGUGUUACUUUUGGGCCGCUAGUGGGAUGUACGAUAUAAAAAAUGGAUAUGCAAGAACUAUGAAUACCAAAAUCAAUGCCUUCAUAACCGUAAUCGACGAUAUGUUUGAUGUCUAUGCUACCUUAGAAGAACUACAACUCUUUUACAAUGUCAUUCAAAGGUACGCAUGA